AGGUGACGCAUUUAUCAAUUUCGUUUUUAUGUCAAAAGUACCUACAGACAAAGAGUGACUAUUAUUUUUAUUUUUUGUCCUAAUUGUGAAAAUUUUCGUGCAAAAUGUCUUCAAGAAAAAAGGUUCUUUUAAAAGUUAUUAUCCUAGGAGAUAGCGGUGUCGGUAAAACAUCCUUGAUGAAUCAGUUUGUCAACAAGAAAUUUUCCAAUCAGUACAAGGCUACAAUAGGUGCUGAUUUCCUCACGAAGGAAGUAAUAGUUGACGAUAGAAUCGUCACUAUGCAAAUUUGGGAUACGGCAGGGCAAGAGAGAUUCCAAUCUUUGGGGGUGGCGUUCUACCGUGGGGCGGACUGUUGCGUCUUAGUUUUUGACGUAACUGCCCCUAACACGUUUAAGUCCUUGGAAAGUUGGCGAGAUGAAUUUCUAAUACAGGCUUCACCUCGAGAUCCUGACAAUUUCCCGUUUGUUAUACUAGGUAAUAAGGUCGAUUUGGAGAACCGUGCUGUUUCUGCUAAAAGAGCCCAACAGUGGUGUCAAAGCAAAAAUGAUAUCCCAUACUUCGAAACAAGUGCCAAAGAAGCAGUUAACGUUGAGCUCGCAUUCCAAACUAUCGCACGUAAUGCUUUAGCUCAAGAGACUGAAGCUGAGCUGUAUAAUGAAUUCCCAGAUCAAAUCAAGCUAAACGCUAAUGACAACGGCCGUAACAGAGAUGGAGAUAACUGUGCUUGCUAAGCUUCGUACCACCCACCUUCAUUGGCAAUAUAUAAGUGUCUCCAUAUUUUAUAAAGAUUUUUGUUUUAAUACAAUAGAGUAUAACAUUUAUUUAUAAGUAAUUAAUAAUUUGAUAUUUUAUCAAUAUGUUAAAAAAUGUAUAGCUGGAACCCUCACCUUUGAUCUGGUGAUUUGUUUGGCUUGCACUUGUGAUUGUGAAAAUUAUGCAUAGAAGAUUCAGUUUUAAAAUGUGUUUCUCAUUUGAAUAGACAAAAACAAAUAUAAGUACAAUAUAUUAUUUGAAUGAACAAAUUGAACAUUGUCUAUAACUGGUUUUUAUAGAAUUGAAAUAUUCAAAAGAUGUUUUAGGCUGUCUCAUUUAAAUUUAUAACCAAUUAACAGCUUUGUAUAAAGAGAUUAUAUCAGUCUUGAUUUCAAUGUUAUUGAAUUAAGUAGCUAAUUUAAUUAAACAUUAUGCAUUUUCUCUGAUAUUUUUUCAUGUUGGUAUCUGUGGUAUUCCAUGUGAUGUAUUUUAAUGUAAAAUUUAAUUUGGUAAGGAUUUAGAAUCAAUUACUAAUUAUCAUAUUUAACCUCAAAUUAAUGUCUGAAGGAUAUGAGUAAUAAAAAUGGUAAAAACAUAUAUUUACAAUAUUUAUUUUUGUUCUAGUUGAAUUAAAUAGAUCUAUGUUAGGCAAAAAUCUAUCAUAGGUCAGAAAAUUGUUAUCUAAAUAUAACAAAGACAUUGAAAUAUUAACAGAUCUGAUUCUGUUUGUUAUUUUUACAAGCUUCUUAUUAUUUUCACAUAAUUUUUUUAUAAUAUAAAUUUAUUUAAAUUAUAAAAUUUGCAAGUAGCCCAGUAGAUCUUUUACAGUGAUAUCAUAUUUUAUCUUUAUAUAAAUUUUCCAAGUUAUUCAGGAAUCUAAAUGUCAAAAUAUGAAUAAAUACCUGGAAUACUUAUCAAUGAAUUUGCAGCAUAUAGCAUGCUUCCUCCUUCAAUUAAUAUAUAUAUGUAUAAACAUUUCUGUAUAUAUUUGGAACUUAUAUUCUAGAUGUAAGUAGAAUAAAUAUAAAAGGACACACCUAUAUGAUAACUCAGCGUUUUGUUAUAACUCAUGCAUAGUAUCAAACUGAAUGGUUUAUACUCCAUUUACUCAUUUAAUUAAAUUAGUUUGGUAGAAUUGUUGAAAUGAUUAUGACAUAUUUUGUAUUGAUAUGUUGAUUCAAUGAAAAAAAUCUGCAUAUCUUGAGUGUAUCAUCUCUCACUUUAGGAUAGAAAUAUAUAAUAAUUAUUGCUCAUACUCUUUGUAAAACAUUAAAGUAGCGCAUAACAGCCUUCUAAGCAUUAGAAGUGCUGGUUUUCAAAUAAGGCCUACUAUAUACAAUGCUAUGGUUAUUCUUAUCCUAGAUCUAACCUAUCAAAUGCUAUGUAUUGCUUCUCAUACUGCUGUUUCUCGGUUUGUUAUUGUGUUUUAAUUGGUUUGUCUUUAUGAAUAAAUUAUAAGAUCUAGCUCUAAAAGGUAAAAUACGACAUGCUGUAAUAAUGGUUGCUUAUAAUUUUUUAUUAAUAAAUAAAACUAUCAUCA